AUGCCGCCGCACUCGAGCGCAUCCAACCCCACUUCAGGCGCACUCCGCACCCACAAUCGAACACCUGUCACGCCAAAUUCGGGCCCAAAUUCGCCCAAAACGCAUGGUAAGUCGGGGCGAAGCGGCUGGGUUUGGAGGCGUCCUGAGGGCCGGUAAAUACAUUUGGAUGUAUUUAUUGACCUGUAAAUGUGAUAUUAAGGCGUUUAGAGAGCAAUUUUUGAAAAAUUUUUUUUUUGAAAAAAAAAAUUUUGGAAAAAAAUUUUUGGAUUAAAACGGGAUUUUUUGAAUUUUUUAGCGAUUUUAGGCUCGCGAUUUGCAAAAACUUUCGAGUUUUUACUUUUAAAUGCUUGAAAGUACCAUUUAUAAAAUUUCUUUUUGAAUAUUGCAAUUUGAAUUUUUUUUUCUAUUGUUUACAGAGUAAUUUUUGAAAAAAAAGAAUUUCAAAAAAAAAAUUUUUGAAAAAAAAAAAUUUUUUGAAAAAAAAAAUUUGAAAAAAUUUUUUGAUUAAAACGGGAUUUUUAAAUUUUUUUUGCGAUUUUUAGGCUUUCAGUUUUCAAAAACUCUUGAUUUUACACUUGUAAAUCUUUGAAAACACCAUUUUUUAAAAAUUUUCAAUUUGAAAAAAAAAAUUUUUUUCUUGGUUUUUCUAUAAAAAAUCAAUUUUUUCUAAAAAAAAUAAAAGAAAAUCUCAUAAUUUUUAUCCCCAUCCCUCCCCUUAUGAUGACUUUUCCAGAAAAUGCUGACAAAUCGCUGAAAUCCCCCGAAAACUCAUCAGAUUUUGGACCUUCCUCCAGCCUAGAUGUCCCAUCCGUAACAUCCAAAAAAUACCCCGUAAAACCGACAGCUUCUAACUCAAUUUCCCCAUCAACAAUGUUCCGGAUAUUCCUUCUCUUCGGCCUCCUCAGCAACUCCCAUUCCCAUCAACUGUUCCCCGAGAUCAGCGAGAAUUUCGUCUGUCAGCCCUGUUCGCAUCCGCUGAAUGGGAUUGCAAUAAAGUUGCCGCAGAACCACGCUCCCUGCGUGCAUCCGGGACAGCCGGUUUUUGAGUGGCCACGUGGGCGCAAGUGCGCGAUUCCGAGCGACUUUUUCAGCGACGAUGUUUCGUUUGAUCCCGAGAAAUUGAUGGUGUUCUCCAAGCGGAGGGUGUGCUUUUACUCCGGCGAAUGGACGAUAUCGUAUAGGUUCCGGUGCGAGCUGGAUGAAGGAGCGGCUUGGCAAUGGAGUCAGUUGAGGGUUGGGCAUGAGGUAAGGGGGUUUUGGGAGGGUUUUUGAAAAGUCUUGGCUUUGAAAUGACUUCGAAAUUUUUGAAAAAAACUAUAUCUUUUGUCUGGCAGACUCUCUUCAUUCUGCACUCUCAAAAAAUAAUAUCACUGAAUAUACGGCUCAAGACUAAAAAAUCUCUGUGUGUCCAGAAAAUGUGUCAUGAUGACAUCCCUUUAAAAUGUGCCAAAGAUAUAAACAACAACUGUAUAGGACAAGAAAUACUACUAAAGAAAUACGUGUAAUAUCCACACAAAAAAUGAGUUUAAAACUUUUGAAAUGCCCAAUUUGGAUGACUUAUUUUAUGGAUUAUUCUGGAUUUUUUCGCGGUGAGAAACUUUGCAGUGCCUGAAAUUUUUUGGAUUUUCUCUGGAGGCACUCCUAGCCAAAUACAGUUGUUGAUUAUGCCACUGGCAUAUCUUUAAUGUGUGUCAUCGCGACACAUUUUCUGGACACACAAAGAUUUGUAAUUCCCAGUAUAUCUCAAUACAUCUCAGUUGCUGUUGAAAAAACCAGGAUAACAUUUUUUGCAAAUGAUUUGCAGCUAAUUUAAAAAAAUGCAUGGAUUUAGUCAUCAUUUUUUAUACCUAUUAUGUACUCUUUGUCUAGUCAAAACUUGCCUUCCUAACACUUCCUCUAUGUUCCCAUAUGGCUCUCUAGAUUCGAUAAUUACCAUAAAUUCCUUUAGCGCUUCUCCCUCCAACGACGUGUGAAGCGUUGGCUGAAGCGACGCAAUCCCAAGCAUUCUCCCAUCCAUUUCCAACAAGAUCGAUAUGUCGCCGAAAUCCGGGAGGACAUUGAGAUCCGAUCGACUGUGCUGAAAGUGCAUGCUACUCAUGCCAACAAUCAACCAUUAUAUUAUACAUUAUCAGCGCCGGAAGACCAACGCUCCGCGGAUUUGUUCGCGUUGGACACAGUUACUGGUACAGUCAUUUUUUUGCGUAUAUGUAUCGUGUUGUAGGUGAGAUUCGAGUGGCAAAAAAGCUGGAUAGAGAGACCUUGGCCAGACAUGUGCUGAAGCUGAGCGCCUACGAAAGGCUGGAUCCACAAGUUACGGCGACAACUACGGUCGUUGUCGAUCUUAUUGAUGUUCAAGAUAACCGACCGAUAUUUGAGAAACAGAAUUAUUACGCCGAUAUUCGAGAGGAUGCGUCGGUAAGAAUUUUCAUGCAAUAUCCUUUUCCUAAGCUUGCAGCUUUGCGAAGAAAACAAGGCAAACCGUAUUUUACCCCUAAAAAUUGUGCCUUUAGCAAUGACAGCAUAACAUGUAAUAAUAAUUCUGACACAAGCCUUUGUUUUUGUGUAGAUUUGGCUCAAAUUUCAGCCAGCAAUACAUCAGUCUGUCGGGGAAAUAAUAAGCACUCUGUCGCAUCGAAAAUCGCAUCACCGACGAGAAAAUGAAUUGUGUUGCGGCAAAAUCAAAUGGCCUUUCUCUUGGUGAUCAGCACAGCGAAAUUGUGCUCAUUAUUUUCCCGAUAGACUGAUAUGUCACCCUCCACAUUUCUGUACUUUUGCCGGUAGACACCGUAGAACAUCUUUGUAGAGACGUAAAAUGACAAGCUAAUCCCUUUAUAAAUUAUGACUAGCCAAUGCGCGAAAACUUCGUAGAAAAUACGAGGGUCUGCCUUUUAGAACUUUCUUGGGUCGCAAAAAUAAAAUGACAAAACAUGAGUCUUACUCCAAACCCUGAUUUUAUAACUGAGCUCAGAAUUUUCAAAGGUAGCUUGUCGGGAAAAUAAUGAGCGUCGCUGCGCCAAUCGCGUCGCUGAAGUGAAAAGCAAUUUGAUUUUGUCAUAUCACAAUUCAUUUUUUCUGCGGAGGUGCGAUUUUCGAUGCAACUGAAGGCUCAUUAUUUUCCCGACAGACUGAUAUAUUUGUAAGAUUAAUUUGAUGACAUUUUACUAUAGUCCCCUUUUCAGAUUAGCACAACCGUUCUCUCAGUGUUCGCCCGAGACCUAGACGCCGGCCAAAACGGAGAGAUCACCUACACGCUGCAAGGCGACGAACAAUAUCUCAAAAUGUUCUCAAUCAACCCGACCAGCGGCGUAAUUCAAACAAUUGCCGAGUUGGACCGGGAAAUUGUAAAUUCAGUGCGAAUUAAAGCCGUUGCAACGGACCAUGGGGAGCCUGCAAUGUCUUCCGAAGCCGGCGUUGAGAUCAACAUCUUGGAUGUGAACGACAACUCGCCGAUUUUCGACAAACCCUCGUACAACGUCACCAUCAACGAGAAUGUCACGAUUCCGUUGAUGAUUUUGAAGAUUACUGCGACGGAUGCGGACUCUGGCGCGAAUGGCGAGGUGCACUACUCGAUUGUGACUUCCUCAAGUUUGGGCCUAUUCUCGCUGGACUACGACUCGGGGGAGCUGACGUUGCGCGCUGCGCCAGACCCACGACAAACUCCGUAUUCGAUUUUGGUGAGGGCCAAAGAUGGGGGCCAGCCAGCCAUGUCCACAACCGCUCAUGUGACGGUAAAUAUCGUCGAUAUCAACGAUCAUGCGCCCACGUUUUUGGGCGCAACCUCUCAUGAGAUCAAUGUGGAGGAGAACUUGCCCGCAGGGCGAGAAUUGGGGCGUCUCUUCGCAAUGGACGAGGACUCCGGGAAGAACGGGGAAGUCCGCUAUUUUCUCAAGAAUCUUGAUGAAAAUUCAAAUGAGACUGAUGCGGUUGUGAUCGAUGAAAUCUCGGGAGCGCUGCGGACAAACAUCAUGCUGGAUCGCGAGCUCAAGUCACGCUAUGAAUACAAAAUUAUCGCCAAAGACCAGGGCGAGCCUCCGUUGGAGACGUCGAUUCAGCUGACCGUCACAGUCAUCGAUGUGAACGACAAUGCCCCCAAAUUUGAGAAGGACACCUACGAACUCACCAUGAGCGAGAACUCCCCGAAAGGAACGCAGAUCCUCGAUUUAAGAGCCACUGAUGCCGACGCGGAUCAACAGCUCAGCUAUCGGAUAGAGAGCGCGGACAAACCGCUGUUCGCGUUGAUUUCUAUGGGCGCGGAUCAGGGCGCAGUGCUGUCGUUGACGCAGAGCUUCAGCCCGUUGGAUGAGAGGAUAAAAUUGGUGAUCUCGGCGACGGAUCAGGGAGGAUUGAAGGUAGGAAUGAUAUAUUAUAAUAGUUUGUCCAAGAAAUAAUGUCGUUUCCAAGAGGGGCAGUUUCUAAAGUCUAUAAAAAAGGUAAACGACAAUAAAAUUUCGCAAUAUUGCACCGUUUUGUAGCCGAAAACGCAAGCUUUCGUUCUAUAUAUCAUUUGCUAUAUUUGGGUUAAAUUACAGUAAUUUAGCCCUAAUCGAAAAUUAUCGAAAGCUGGACCUUUUGUAGGAGGUUUUUGAGGCCUUUGCGGAGAGUAUUAAUAAGAUUUUUAGGUCGAAAAAAUAAAUUUUUUUAUUUGAUAUGGCUGCUUGUGUAAAGCGCAAGCAAAAAAUCAGGAAAAUUUCAGUCUGUCGGGAAAAUAAUGAGCAAUCUGUCGCAUCGAAAAUCGCAUCGAAAAUGAAUCGUGUCGCUGCAAAAUCAAGUUUUUUUUUCACUUCAGCGACUCAAUCGGCCCAGCGAAAGAUUCCUCAUUAUUUUCCCGACAAACUAUCCUAGAAAAUUCUAAGCUCAAUUAAAAAAAUUUUCAGGGCUUCACGAAUGUGACGAUCACCAUAACCGACGAGAAUAGCGCUCCAGUUUUUGUCGACACUCCCGUCAGCGUCAAGGUGUCCGAAUCGGCGGAAAUCGGAUCUCCGGUCGUCCAAAUCAAGGCCAGAGACAAUGAUCGCGGCGCCAAUUCGGAGCUGAUUUUUUCCAUCGACUCGGCCGACUUUUUGUAAGCGUUUUUUUGGAUUUUUUUAUCGUAAAGUAAUAUUUAUUAUAAAUUUCAAAUUUUUUUUAGAAUUGACAACUCUACCGGUCUUAUUACUCUGGCCAAGCGAUUGGAUCGAGAAGCCAAAGCGUCGUAUUCGAUGACGGUUACGGUAACUGACAGUGGAGUGCCUCCGAUGAGUUCAUCGACUGUUUUGGAGAUUUUCGUCGAGGAUGGUAGGAGAUUUUUGAAUUUUUUUGUGUAAACUAUAGUAGUAGAUACGAUAUGGAAACCUCUCAAAAAAAUUUUAACAAAAAACAAAAAAAUUUUUUUUGUCAUUGCAAAAUCUCUCAAACUGUAAAAUACGGAGCGGUGUCGUUUCUUUUUUAUUUUUUAUGCUAACUAUAGCACCUUUUUCUAUUCAAAUUUACCGCCUUCUAUUUAUUUUGGCGUUUUUAUUUGUUCUUUUGUCCGGAAAUUUUAUAAUAGGCGGCUUGCCAAGGCAAAAAAAAACUCUGCAACCUAUCAAAAAUAGGUCAUUAUUCAAAUUUUAUGCAAAUUUUUGAAAUUUAAAUAAUUUUUCAAAAUAUGCAAAUUUUUGAAAUUUACAUAAUUUGUAAAAAUAUGCAAAUUUUUCGUCAUGAAAAUACCGGACAAUACUAUUUUUUAAUUAAAAUUUAUUUUUUUUUCGCUACUUUAUUUAUUAUUCUCGACACGACAAUAUCCAAUAUUGUCCAAUUAGGCGAUCCGCGCCCUUCUUUUCCCAAUAGAAGUGGCCGGAAAAACAAAUCGCGAAUAAUGAAAGACGCUGGGCGGAUUAUUAUAAUUCGUCCGUAUGUCAAUAAUUUAGCUUGUUAGAGGCUCGGAAAUAAUUGAGGGAAGGAUUGGAAGAUUUGGAAAAAAAUUAAGAAAUUUGGAAAAUUUGCAUAAGAUUCUUCAAGUUUGCUCAAUGAAAUUUCCAUAAAUUUUCGUUUUUUUAAAAAAUUUCUUAAAAUAGCUUUUUUCAUUUUUGCAAAGGUCCAAUUCCCCCAUGAAAAUUACUUAUUCUCCCUUUGCUUCCAAAUUCCAUGGCCAAUUCCUCACACGGCCAACCCGAAAAAAGUGACCGGAAAAGUGAGCAUUCAUCAACUUCACGCAAAUUAUGAAUUGACUGCUGAAAAUGGCCCAAUUUUCGUGGCCCUUUUUUUGUCUUUAGCUGCCAACAUAACGGAGCCGAAAGCGUGUUAAAUUUGCGGCGAAAAAAGCGCUGAAUGAAUGACCAAAUGAAGGGGAAGAAUGGACGCAAAAGCGGGGCGAUUCAAGAGGGUUUUUGGGGAGAAAUUGAGAAAAAAAUGCGCAAUUUUGAGGGAGAAUAUAAAGCGGGAGAUAAAAGAUUUUCUGAAAAAUUUCCGGAAAUUUUCGAUUUCGGAGAGUCAAAAAACAUUCUUACUCCGAACGACAAAUUUUUGGAAAGUUGGAUCAAAAAUGGCUCGCCAAAAGGUCGAUCCGCAAAGUUGAAACAAAAAUGGCUCGCCCAUUUUGGCUGGUGAGUAGGAUGCCGUUUUUACUCACCUGCACGCCAAUUUAUUUUCUUCAAAACUAUUUUUGCGAGCUGCGCCCGGGAAUUCCAGAUGUGUCAAAUUUCUCUCUCCCGGAAGAAACGUUUUGAUUUUUUUUGAAGUUGUGAAUCUAUUUUCUCCACGAAGAUGGGCUGAAAAGUGAUCAAGUAAGUUAGCAUUAGCAAGAGGAGAUGUACUUUUUUCGUUUGACACCAAAAAUUUUCCUUUUAUUUCAGAGAAAGGUACAAAUUUUUUCCAAUUCGUAAAGAUUCAUGACCAUGGAUAAUGUAAGUGCGCUUAUCGCGUUUUUUGUUCCGUUAUUGGAGUUAACAGUUCUAGGCUGGCGAGUUCUAGAGGACACCUCACUUUAGUUUUGUUAUAUACUCUAUCUAUCAAACGCCACCAAUUUCGAUUUCUAGGUGUCAUGUACAAUAUCGAAAUCCGCUCAGAUCUGCCGGAUUUUUGCCACGAAUGCGUUCUAAACUGAGGUAAUAACGUAAUAAGGCUCAAAUAACGUUGUUACAAUAACUUGAAGAUAGUUUGCAUAGGUUUUACUUUAGUAUAACAUACUUUUGGAAAGUUAGUAUAGUAUUUGAAAUUUUUACGUCGUUAUUCCUCAAAAUUUAUGGGGUUUCAUACAUGGAGAAUAUACAUGAGAGUGGGGUCUCCUCUAAACGUUUCCCGACUUAGAAUCUUGACGUCGUAGCAAAAAAGGAGAUAAUCUCACUUACAUUAUCCAUGGUCAUGAAGCUUUACGAAUUGGAAAAAUUUUGUACCUUUCUCUGAAAUAAAAUGGAAAUUUUUGAUGUCAAAUGAAAAACGUACAUCUCCUCUUGCCAAUGCUAACUUACUUGAUCACUUUCCAGCCCAUCUUCGUGGAGAACAUAGCUUCACAACGUCGCACAAACGUAAAAAUAAUUUUUUCGGAAGAGAAAAACUUGACACAUCAGGGAAAGACUUGGCAUCAACCUUGCAACCUGCAGACUGCAGUGCGGGGCCAAAAAGAGGAAUAAAGUAAAAACAAGCUCUGACUUUCGGCGACUCCGAGCGGGGAGUAAGAUCCGGUCCUACUCCCGACCUUGAAGUCGGAAAGCCAGAAACAAAAUUGACUUUCUUUUGCAUUUUCCUUGAAGUAAACUGAAAAUUUACUUUUUUUUUAAAAAAAAAGUAAAAACAGAAAAAUUUCAAAAAUUUUUCAGAAAAUCUUUUAUCUCCCGCUUUAUAUAAAAAAAUAAGCAAAAAAAUUGGAGAUCGUAGUUUAUCUUGGCUCUUUGCUAGACCGUUCGCAAAGUUGCUGGAGUGGUUUGGCGACUUCUUUUGUGAAAACAAAGGCUUGUUUUGCACUCUGCAAUAUCUUGAUUUUUGCACCGUGCAGUAGGCUUGUUUUGGGCUGUCGCUGGCACCCUGAAGCCCUGAUAAAGCCUUAGGUAGGACUUUGCAGAAAUUUUCAAUAUUUUUAGGUCGAAAGCCGGGGAAAAUUCGAAACUCUUGACCGAUUUUUGGGGUUACCAGCCUUCUUUUUAUUGCAGUAGAGACUUUUUUAUCACAAAAGAUAAGUUUUUCCCCCCGAAAUUCGUGAGGAUACUAGAGAAACCUUGUUUUCUCUUACUAUUCUCCUCAUUUCCUGCACUGUCUCGUCCGCAAAGCGCAUUGAAAUUUAUGUCUGCUCCUGAAAAACGCAAGCCACAACUUGACAUUAAAAAAUCGCAUUUGUAGAGCCAAAAAUAUCUCGGUUUUUAAUGUCGCUGCGCCGAUCGCAUCGCUGAAGAAAAAGCAAUUUGAUUUUGCCGCGACACAAUUCAUUUUCUCGGCGGCGAUGCAAUUUUCUAUGCGACAGAAUUGUUAUUAUUUUCCCGACAGACUUAGUGUCCAUGUUCUUUCUCUUCGUUCUACUCUGUAGUAUGCCCUAUCCAUGACACUACAUGGCGCAUGGCAAAUAGAUUUGGGUUUCUGUUUCCCCUUCCUUUUUGGCUCUUUAGAAAUGGCCGGAUAUUUGACGACAUGCGUCAAACGCGCGGCGCGCGCAAAUUUCGGAAAUUGAAUCGGACGCUUUGAAUGGGGCCAAAUAGGAAAUAGGGCCGAGUUCAUAAAACAUUGGGGCGAAAUGUUACACUGUUUGCUUUUGAAUGGCAAAUUUGGGUUAUUAUGUAAUGGCUGGAAAUACAUAAUAAACGGUGAAAAGGUAGACAGUGCCUAAUAGGGGGAGAGCAACAGUAAAAUUUUUGCGAAAUGUGCGAAAACAAAAGUUUGAUUUCCACUCUGCAAUUUCUUGCUUUUUGCACCGUGCAAUACGCUUUUUUUGGCUGUCGCUAAGCAUGGCUGCAAACCUGGCCAGGCCGGCCCGGCCCGGUCCGGCCCGGGCCUGCGGGCCAGGCCUAAAUAUUCAAGCCCGGCCCGGCCCGGGCUUGGAAAAUUUGGAAAGCCCGGCCCGGUUCGGCCCGGAAAAUUUUUAUACUAGGCUGGAAAGAAACAAAGUAGGUAAUGAAGGGGAAAUUAUGGCAAAUUUUUGUAAAAUGUAAAGAAUAAUUUAGCAAAACCUAUACAUAAGUAGUGCCUGAAAAUCGAAGCCCGGGGGCGGGCCGAGGAAUUAGUCGGCCCGGCCCGGGCCGGAAAAUUUUGGAAACCCCGGCCCGGAGCCAUGCCUAGCUGUCGCUCAGACCCUGAUUUCGCACACUAAAAACGUGAAAAAUCAUCGCAGCGACUUUGCAGAACGAUUAUCGGUCUGUCGGGAAAAUAAUGAUCACUCUGCCGAAACACAUGCAGGCUUUGCUUUGAGUAUAUUUGGCUCAAAUUUCAGUGAAGUCUUGCUAAGAAAUUUCUUACGGCAAUAUAUCAGUCUGUCGGGAAAAUAAUGAGCGCUCUGUCGCGUCAAAAAUCGCACCGCCGCAGGGAAAAUGAAUCGUGUCGCGGAGAAAAUCAAAUUGUUUUUCUCAACGACGCGAUUGGAGCUGCGGAAUUUUGAUCAUUAUUUUCCCGACAGACUUAUUCAUACUCACAAUGCAAACUCCAAUAAGCUGCCGGCCAAAUUUUUUAAAAGUUGUACCAACUUUUCAUUAAAUUUAUAGCGUGGUAUCUUGUCUAUUGCAUCCUUAUAUUCAAAGCCCAUCCGAAUUGAAGCUUUUAGCGCGCCUUUAGCGACAUUUUUUUAAUCAAAUGCUCAUCCCUGGAGACCCGAUGAGCGCAAAUAAUUUCACUUUGCCAAGCGGCUUUUUGAGGGCAAAAUCUGAGGGUUUUUGUGUGUCAGCGAGUGCCAGGAAAUGGGAAGAUAUUUGAAUAGAAAAAUUUUGAAAAAUUUGUAAAAUACGAAAAGAAAAAUAAAAACCAUUUUUUUGCCUAAAAUGCCAUUCAAAAAAAAAAUAAAAAAAAAAUAAAAUAAAAAGACGUCAAAAAAAUUAAUUUCUUUUUUUUUUGAAUUUUUUUUCGGAAAAUUCCCUCAGGGGAUUUUGAUUUACAUAUAAAUUAAAAAUCUUGGAACUUGCGAAUUUUUUUUAUAAAAUAACUUUUUUUCUGUGCGGUGUAAAAAGGCAAAAUACGCAUUAAUUUUUUUAGCCAAUAGGAGCCUACUCCAAUUUCAACAUAUUCUUUUUCCCGUUUCAAUUUCGACAUUAUCCGUAAUGGCCGCGAAAUGACCCUUCUAAUUAGGCUGCCGCUGACUUUCACUCAGCUGGCUACUCUCUGAAAAUUUUCUAAAAAUGAGGGCGGAUGAAAUGCGAAAAAAUUUUGGGGAAAUAUUGAGUUAGGGAGCAAAAAUUUUAAAAAAAAUUUAAAAAAUUUUAAAAAAAAAUUUACAAGGAAAGUACUUUUAUGGGGGCUCCUACUUUUUGACGGGACAUAUCUCAAAAAAUCAGAAAAAAUGCGCUGAUCAAGGAUAUAUAAAUCUUAGCUGCCCAUUUUAGGUUUUUAAGGGUGAAAAUGCCCAAAAACUGGUUUAAUUCCCCUACAAAAGGCAGACAUUCGAAACGAUAAAAAGAGCACUCGAUCUCUUCCUUCGGAAGAGAGCGGUGUGGCCGAGUGGUUAGUGCCGUAGUCUGGGAAUCAAGAGGGGGGACGCCGCACAGGUUCGAUUUCCCUUUUGGGCUGAAUCAACUUUUUUGAAGUUGAAGGUCGGAAAAAUAAAUUUUUGGGCCAAGACUGUCUUAUUACGUCUUAAAAACUCAAUAAACACCAUUUUAAGCCAAAAUAAAAAUUGUAAACCUUUGAAAAAAUUAAGCGGAAAGGGGUUCAUGUAGGACUUUAAGUCAACUUCCGACUGAGUUUUCACCCCUAAAAACCUAAAAUGGGCAGCUAAGAUCUAUAUAUUCUUGAUCAGCACAUUUUUUCUGAUUUUUUGAGAUAUGUCCCGUCAAAAAGUAGGAGCCCCCAUAAAAGUACUUUCCUUGUUAAAAAAAUAUAAAAUUUUUAAAAAAAUUUAAAAAAAUAAAAAAAAAAAUAUAAAAUUUCAAAAAAAAAUUAAAAAAAAUAAAAAAAAAUAUAAAAUUUUUCUCUUUAGAGACAAAAAAUGGAUUGUAAAAAUAAAAAAAUCGAAAAAAAUAAAAAAAAAAAGGAUUUGAAAAAUUAUGAUAGCACUCUGUCGGGAAAAUAAUAAGCAGACUGCCAAGCACUUGAACAGGAAACUAAGUUAUAAGAAUUGACCAGAAUGUGGUAUCAAAAAAUGGCAUCAAAGCAUGCUGAAGGAAACAGGAAGCUCAAAAAAUGCCUUCAAAAAGCUCGAGGUGCAAUAUCAAUCUGUCGGGAAAAUAAUGAGCACAAUAAAUUGCAAGUGAAAAGCAAUUUGACUUUAUCGCGACACUAUUCAUUUUCUCGCCGGCGAUGCGACUUUCCAUGCGACAGAGUGCUCAUUAUUUUUCCGACAGAAAUUUUAAAAACCAAAAAAAUAUUUUUUUUGAACUCAAAAAAUAAAAAAAAAUUAAAAAAUCCCAUUUUCAGUCAACGACAAUGCCCCAAAGUUCCUCCUCACGGAAUACACCGCCCGAAUCAAGGAGGACAUGCCGGUGGGGACCAGUUUUCUCCAAGUCCAAGCGAUUGAUCCGGACGAGGGCCAGAACGGAGUGGUCGAUUAUUUUUUGAACGAGACCGACCAAUUCGUCAAGUUGGAUGCCUUUAGACUUGAUCGGACUUCUGGGCUGUUGAGAAUUCAUAAGCCGCUGGAUCGAGAGAGCAAUGAAAAGUAGGUUGAGCAAAAAAUUUGUAUGUGGAGUUGUUGGAAGUUCAUCAGUCGAUAAGAGUAUGACGAAAAAUACAGUAGAAACAAGCAAUGAAUGAGGCAUAUCUUACAGGGGAAGUACUGUGUAGGUUACCCUUUUCUGAAAAAAAAAACUUUUUGUGAAAUGUAUUCGCUUCAGAAGUAAAAAAAAAGAAAGAUUUUUUAUGAAAAUCUGAACAAAUGUUGAAAUUUUUACGCUUCGUGACUGUUGCGACGCUCAGAUUUUCUUGAGAUUUUUCACACAUUUCGAGAAUAGGCCACAUAUCAAUUCCUGAAAACCUUAACUCGCGACUUGCAGAUACUAUCAAGAUAUUAACCGACCUUUGCUGCCGAGACAGUAUGCUAAAUGUGGAGAAAGGCCAGAGAGAAAAACACCUUUUUUGGCCAUAGCUUUGCUAGUUUCGUGCUGAAAAAAUUGAUUUUUUUGUGGAAACGUUGCCCUUUACGGUAAAAAUAGGCAUGAAACUUUUCGUGCCGAGAUUCGGCCAAAAGUGUCAAAUUUUCGCCAAAUUUCGAUCUAAAAAUCUCGGUCGUUUCUGCAAAACGCGAGCUAGGAUUCUCGCACAAAUUUUAUAAUACAAGAACAUUUCUUUUUUAGAAAGAAUUUUUCGAAAUUUGUCCCAAGUUUGAUCCAAAUCUGAGCGUCGCACUUGGGUACUUCCCCUGUAAGUUUAGGCGAAAUUUGUUCAAAAUUACGAUCCCUUUACUCAUAUCGCAUUAAAAGGUAUUUCCCAAGUUCGUACCCAGUAUCCUUCUAAGCUCGAAAAGGGCGUCUUUUGUGAUAAAACCCCAACGAUAAGAGCCCUUGGGCGAGGAAGGCGGUCGCUUACCGUUACUACCUUUUCGUCGGCGCACCAUUUCACAACUCCGCGAAAAAUAGGCUCAAAAUAAUGAAGUUACAAGUCUGGAUCAAGGCAUAUCCGAUUUUUAACUGGGAGCUCGUUUUUAUUAUAUUUUACCCUCGUUUUUCAGACACAUUCUCCCAGUGAUUGCGCAAGACCGCGGGAACCCGCAACAGAUUUCUCACGCCACCGUGACCAUUGAGCUCGAAGAUGUGAAUGACAAUGCUCCUCAAUUCGAAAAACCCUCAUAUUCUUUGUGGAUCGCCGAAAACUCCCCGAUCGGCACAAUUGUGGGCACAUUGGUGGCCACUGACGCGGAUAUUGGGCCCAACUCUCACAUUGACUUCAAGAUUUUCGGAGGCUCCGAUGCGAAGCUGUUCGAGAUCGAGACGGACCCACAGCAGAAUGGCGUGGUGAGGAUACGGUCGAGAGCCGAGUUCGAUUACGAAGCCAAAAACAACAAGUUUUUUGUGGAACUACAGGCGUCAAGGUGAGAAUUUGGGCGAAAAGAUGGCAAGGAAUAAAAAAGAAGAGAAUAUCAGUUUGUCGGGAAAAUAAUGAGCAGUCUAUCGCACCGAAAAUCGCUUCGCCGACGAAGGGAUAUUGUGCUUAUUAUUUUCCCGACAACUGAUACAAAGAAAUCUCUAUUGCACUAUCAGUGUGUCGGGAAAAUAAUGUGGAUUUAUAACGCCUUCCAAGUGGCCAUCAUCGCUUCGCAGCGGCCAGGUCGGAGAUUUGGCGCGCACCGCGAAGAGGCGAGAAAUUUUCCUGCGAUAAGCCCUCAUUAUUUUCCCGACAUACUGAUACAAUAAAACACUUAUAUUUACCGCUGAUAAAUGCUCAAAGAAAGCCUCCAAAUGCAGAUCGUUCAGAAUAAUGUUCGCUAUUGUAGAGGGAGGUAUUUUGCCACAUUUUUGAUACUUCCCGGAUGCAAAAUUAUACGUUUUUUGCUUAUGAAUCAGGUGCCUCACUGUAGCUCGUUUUCACGACUUAGCUAUGAGUCGUGGUAUAAGAUGACCCUUAACUUGCCCGCUACUACUAGUAUUCACUUCCCCCUGAUAACCCGGAGACACAAACUAGAGGACGCUGGCAAUAAAACUGUGAACUCACGAUAUUGACUCCAAUUAGUUUCUACCACCACCGCACUAUCACAAGGCCUUGCAAGGGGACUUCCAAUAAUUACCACAAAUAUAUUUAUUUCACCAACGAGAGUCUGACCGAAAAGCGGUCGAUCCAUUACAUUUAUAUCAAAAUAUUCGUGUUUAUGCUAAUUUCUGGGAAUUCUUCACGGAAUCGUGACAUCUUGAGAUCAUAAUUUCUUUAUCCUUUUCAAUUCCAGCGGACAACUCAGCUCCACCGUCCCAAUCACUAUUCACGUCAGCGAUGUGAACGACAACAAGCCGCAACUCAACGACUUUGUCGUUCUCGUCGCCCACUUUGAGGAUGAGAUCAGUGACAGUGCAAGUAUCGGGAGUGUUCCUGCUUUGUAAGUGGCAUUUUCAAGGCUUACCAUAUUCAUUUUUUUAGUGAUCCCGAUCAAAACGCAACUCUUGAGUUCUAUUUGGAACCCAACCAGUUGUUGGACGUGGAGCCAUUUAGUGGCGCGUUGAGGUUGAAGGGCCAUUGGAAAAGGCAGUUGAACGCGGAGAACAAGGCGUGUGUUUCGGGUAAGGAUCAUGUAACUUUGACGCAAAAAUUUUAGCAGUAGUUGUAAAAUACGUUGUAAGAUACGAUAUUACUGUCAAACCUCUGUACAACAAAUCGCAAAGGAACAAAAAAUAUAGCAGAAAAAAUGUUUCUGCUGAUAUACAGUAUCAGUACGGUGCUCUUGGGUCAACUGUAGAGGGGAACAGUUGACCCAAAUGGUCGGGGAAAGACUUGACUCGAUCAUUCCGUUUCCUCUUUUUAUGCGUAAACAAAUUGGAGCGCUUCUUGCUUGAUAUAGCUCAAAACUUACAAAUGUUUGAAACUUAUAAAUCUUAGGGUGUCCAGAAAAUGUGUCAUGAUGACACCAGUUUAAGAUGUUCCAGCGGUAUAGAAAACGGUUGUAUAUGGCUAGCAGCACUGUUUACAGUACCCACAAAAAAAUUUUCGGCUCAAACCUUUUGCAAUGCACAAUUUGAAUGACGGAUUUUCUGGACUUCUCCAGAUUUUUUGGCGGCGCGAAUUUUUGCAGUGCCCGAAUUUUUUUGACAAGCUCUAUUGAGUACUCCUAGCCAUAUACAGUUGUUUUUUAAACCACUAGCACAUUUUAAAUGGGUGUCAUCGUGACACAUUUUCUGGAAGACACUAAAAUUUAUACGUUUCAAAGAUUUGUAAGUUUUGAGCUAUAUCAAGAAGGACUCCAAUUUUUUACGCGUAAAAAUGGCAAAGGAAUGAUCGAGUCAAGUGUUUCCCCGACCAUUUGGGUCAACUGUUCCCCUCUACAGUUGACCCAGGAUCGCCAUACUAAUACAGCAGAAAACCCCGGUUUCGAUCUAAUAAGGUUCAUUUUGGCCUAGAAUUCACUUUUUCCGAAAUUGUUUGCUAUAGCCAGUCUUUGCUAUAAAAGGUUUUUUGUCCAGAAAAUUGUCUGAAUUCAUCCCGUAUUUUACCAAAAAAAAUUAUAAAAUCAUUACGUAACAACUUUUUCAGACGGUCCCAACACAGUUUGCGCGACGGCCCGCAUAAUCUACGUCGCCGUGGACGAAAAUUCCCUUCGGAAUUCGGUUUCAUUCGAGAUUUUGGACAUGAAUCGCGACUCGUUUUUGGAGAGCGCAACCUUUGAUCGAUUCAUUGCCUCAAUUACUGCGUUGGAUCAGAGUUGGUUGCCGGAGGAUGUGCGCGUUUUCGGCGUGGAAUCGGUGGAGGUGAAUGGAAAACAACGGCUGAAUGUCAGCCUGUUUGUUAGUCAGGACGAAAUGGCUGUGAAGUGAGUCUUUUAGAUCUAUUGGAUCAACUGUAUGACCUGUAAAAAUUGUGAUGAAAUCAAGACCUUUGGCUUACUUUUUGAAGAAACUAUGGGGAUUUUUGGUCAAAAAAUACCACUGCUUUUGAAAUUUUCUAAAUGACAUUUUUCCAAUCGCAAAAAACGUACCAUUUUGCAUCCAGGAAGUAUCAAAAAUGUGGCAAAAUGCUUCCUGCUUUCCCUCACAAAAAGAACGUUUUUGCCGCUGUAUGAGAUUUGUCUGUUAUUGGCCGUUCGAUCUUUGAACUCCUCUCUUUUCAUUUCGCCUUUUAACUUCAUUAGGUUCGAACGUCAGAUGUGCUCGCGGAUUAAGAGACUGUCCAAAUUACAGGCUGCGAAGUGCGCUGUUGCGUAAUAAAUACACUCAAGAGAGGGGUCUUGGGGAUAAGUGCGGGAAAUUGAUGGGACAGAUGAUGGAUUAGGGCUAAUAGGGUUACAAUUGAGGGGUUAGUGCAAAGUUGGAGUGAGGGAAAGUAAAAAAAGGAGUAGAAAAGUAUAAAAAAGAAUAAAAAAUUUAAAAAUUUAAAAAAAAAUUAAAUAAAACAUAAAAAAUCAAAUUUUUAGUCCCCACCGAAUCGAAUCGGCCGACCAAACCGCGCUCAGCGCCUCAUUCGAUCACCCGAUUCGCAUCCUCAAGGAUGAUAUGUGUGUCAACGAGCCUUGCGCGUUCUAUCAACAGUGUCGACGGACCCUUCGUUACGACAAAACUCAACCGGCGUUGGCUUUCGAAACCGACAACUUUCUGUUCCGUUCGCUGGCCACAAUUCGGUCAUUCAAAUGCGAGUGUCCUCAAGGCUUUACGAGUGAGUUUUUUUAUUUUUUUUUUGGAAAUUUCAACGGCCGUAUUUUACAAAAUAAAUUUUUUUUGAAAAAUUUUUUUUUGGUUUUUAAAAUACUUUUUAGCUUUUUUGAAAUCCCGUUUUUAGCCAGUCCAACCAAGCCUGGCGUCUGUAACGAGCGUUUGGACUUGUGCUUCAACAAUCCUUGUCUGAAUAAUGGAAGUUGUGUCUCGUUGGAGAGCUCGUAUCGAUGCGAAUGCCCAGCGGGAAGGAUAGGUAGGAAUAUUUUAUCAAAUUUUUUAUCAAUCUGUCGGGAAAAUAAUGAGCAAAAUGUUGCUUGGACUUGUGCAAUGUGUCUGAAAGAAUUCGCAAAAUCUCGGAAUUCUUUGGAGUAUGAAGCUGUCGGGAAAAUAAUGUGGAUCCAUCGCGCCUUGAAAUGGCCUGUCGUCUUGCCGUAGCUAGAAUUUUUGCACGAGGCGAGACAGUUUGCUGCGACAAACCCACAUUAUUUUCCCGACAGAAUGAUACCUCUAAAAAAUUCUUUUGAAAUCUACAGUGACGGACCUAAUUCAGUGGCAAAAAAAGUAUCAUUUUGGAUCCGGGAAGUAUCAAAAAAUGUGGCAAAAUGCCUCCCUCUCCAACUCAAAAAACUCCAUUUUGAAGGGCUCCCUCACAAAAAGAGCGGGCGCGCUUUUGAAAUCGGAUUUUUUUACUUGGAGAGGGAGGUAUUUUGCCACAUUUUUGAUACCUUCCGGAGGCAAAAUGGUACGUUUUUUCCACUGGGUCAGGUCCGCCAUUGUAUACCUCUUAAAAGAGCUAUUAGAAAACUUUAUAAAUCUGCUUUAGGCAAGCACUGCGAGCUCUCCGAAAAAGUGGACACUUGCCUUCCCAACUACUGCCAUUCCGGUGCCCAAUGCGAUCGGACGCCGAAUCGCGAGCAGAAAUGCCUCCACUGCCCGUGGACGCCGCUCGAAACGGACUCCAGAUGCCGUCUACGCAGUCUCUCCUUCAACGGCGACGGCUAUUUGGCGGUUCCGCAUGAGAUCCCAAGAAUGGAAUUUCGACUCGACUUAACGUUCGCGACAACAUCGCAAAACUCGGUGCUGUUCUAUGCGUCGCAUUCGGCCGACAAUUUCGACGGCGAUAUGUUGGAGCUGAUCUUGCAGGGGGCGCCGAGAUUGCGGGCCUCGUUGGGAGGCUCGUCCAUGGUUGAGGUGGCACUGCCGGAUUGGAAAGAGAACCGAGUCAGCGACGGAGAGUGGCAUACCAUUCAUAUCAGCUAUAGGAAUUUGGUGAGUUGACUGUUGCAGACAGCUAUAAUUGAUCCUCUCGUUCUCUAAUAUUGUUGCAUAUCUCAUCUGCAAUUGCAACGUAAAAACCCAGAUUUUCGAGAAUUUACAAGCAGUGAAUUAGGUGGGCUAUACACUCUGUGCCCUCUUAUUUUCUGAACUCUACACUCUAAUCUCCCACCUCUGCCCUCUAUUUGUACAUAGCGCCCUCUAAUAUACAUCCUGAUCUUUUGGCCAAAAAACGUACCAUUUUGCAUCCGGGAAGUAUGAAAAAUGUAGCAAGUGUAAGUGAAAAACUCCGACUUCAAAAGCGUAUCCGCUGUUUUUGUAAGACAAAGAGCGCGCCCUUCAAACGGAGUUUUUUCACUUGGAGAGGGAGGCAUUUUGCCACAUUUCUGAGACUUCUCGGACGCAAAAUGAUACGUUUUUUCCCACUGGAUCAGGUGCCUCACUAUAGAUGCCCUCUAACCGAAACUGAAAUAGGCCGUCUAAAAAUCUGAAUGGAUUCUCCGGGAAUUUUGCGAGGACGCUUCUAAACCGGCGUCAUUGUAAUACAUUUUCUGGACAAAGAAAGACUUAUAAGUUACGAGCCAUAUAAGGAGCGAAACUUUGAAGAAACGAGAGCUUCUUCCGUCACUCACUUUAUACAUUUAUCAUCAAUUUAUUACUUUUUUGAGCAAAGUUAUAAUUUUCAAUAACUUCAAAUCCUUUUUUAGACCUUCCGCCUUUGGCUCGACGACUGUGACGCCGAACUCGCCUUGAACCACGCCGACAAAGUGGGAUACAAAAAGUGCGCGGCCGAAGCAAAAAUCUCCCUUCCGGCGCGCUGCAACGACCCCGCCGUUCCUUGUCAUCGUUUCCUCGACCUCAGCUCCGCGCUCUACCUGGGAGCCCAGCCGAAACACGUGGAAAACGGCUUUGUCGGCUGCUUGAAGGACCUGCGAAUCGACGGGAAACUCGUUCACUUCUCCGACUUCAAACGUCUCGAGAAAGUGGGCGACGUUCAGGCGGGUUGUCGCCGGUUCCGGCCCGACCAUUGCGCGUUACAAAGAGCGUUGAUUGCCGUGAGCAAAGAGGAGCAAAUUUCGGAGCAUGUGGCGAGAGGAAUGAUGGACGAACCGUGUCAUCCGACCGCGAAAUGUCAGGAUCAAUGGGAAGGGAGGGUUUGCAAGUGCCCGCAUCGCUUGCACUCCCAUCGAAGCUGCGCCAUGGAGACUUCGCACGCAAUUAGUCUGCUGAGCGAAGAGAGCUAUGUGGUGUGGAGAUUGCCGGCGGAGCCGAAGAACUCCGUGCUCUAUUUUGAGUUCAGGACGAGGGAAAAGAAAACACAGGUCAUGGUUAUGGAGUUUGAAAUGAAAACGGAUCUUUUCAUGUUCUCGGUGAGUAAAACUUAUAUUUAGUGGGGUUUCCAGCUCAAAUUUGGUGUCUUAAUGCCAUAAAAUUUCAUUUUCUAGCUUAUAGAAUCUGUUAGAAAUACUAUUGUUACAUUUUCCGACCUUGCAACAGAAUGCCAAAAAAUUUCAAAAUUCGGCGGGAAAUUCAAAAUUCAAUUUUUUCGCUCUAGUUUUGUUUGUACAGGGAAGAUCAUGUGUAAACAUGAUAGGAAGUCAUCCUUAAAGUACAAAUUACUUUAAAACAAAACGUUUUUAUCAAAAAAACGGCUUUUUUCCGUUAAACUUUGUUAAUGCAGUUUUUUAACCGCCGAAUACCCCCUUAACCCACCUUUUUUCAGCUCGAAUCCGGCCACGGAUCCAUUCGUUAUGGCCAGGAGCAGUUCUUCCUCUCGCAUCCCGAUCUGUCGGACGGAGAAUGGCACUCAGUCCGGGUGGACUUCGAAUCCGACACCCUGAUCGUCGACCACAUCCAUGCGCGAAGUAUGAAGCCCACAACAAACGUCAAAUCGCAGUCCUUGCACACCCAAUUCCUCUACUCUGGGAAUGCGCCAUCAAUGGCGUAUCCGUCCGAGUUUUUGGGCUGCCUGCGGAACGUCGAAGUGGGCGGCGUGAAGCUGAAGCCGCAUGAGCAGAGCAAGACCAAGCCCGGCUGCUCUCCCGCCACGAAUCCCUGCAGUCAGCACGGGAACAUAUGCCCGCCGGCCUCGUCCUGCCAGAAGCAAUGGGAUCGGCAUCGGUGCGAAUGCAGUUUUGGGCAUGUCGGCGAUGCCUGCUUGGAUAUUUGCAGCGUGGAAGGGAUCUGCAAUCAAGGGCUUUGUAUACGGACGAAUUUGACGGAAAAAGGCUAUGAGUGCGCAUGCCCGGAGGGGAGAUCCGGCGAAAAUUGUGAGGCUGAGGCGUUGGAACAGGAGUGUCCGCCAGGAUGGUUUGGAGUUUUUGGACAGUGUAAAAUCUGCAAUUGCCGGAUGGAUAGAGGGUUCCUACAGCAAUGCGAUGAGAUCAGCGGGCAAUGCAAAUGUCGACCUGGGUUCUACAGACAGGUAAUGGCUAUCCUAAGCAUCCAUAAAUGGGUCUCUUUAGUUGAUAGAGAGACAGCAAAAAAAAUGUUUUUUUCUCUUGACUGUCUCUCUCAAUUUUCUAUAGUUUCUUGGCCCUUAAAGACCGCUGACUUCAAGCUAAUGGAUGUCCCAAAAAAAUUCCAGACUUUCAGUGGGGGACCUGAUCCACUGGCAGAAAACGUGCCAUUUUAUUACAUCCGGGAAGUAUCAAAAAUGUGGCAAAAUACCUCCCUCUCCAAGUAAAAAAAUCCGAUUUUAAAAAUGAGCCCGCUUCUUUGUGAGGAAACCCUUCAAAAUGAAGUUUUUUCACUUGGAGAGGGAAGCAUUUUGCCACAUUUUUGAUACUUCCCGGAACCAAAAUCUUACUUUUUUGCCUCUGGAUCAGAUCCCAUACUUACAAUAUUUACCAUAAUUUAUUAAUCUUUUCAGAACGACCGUUGUCUCCCAUGUGAAUGCGGCUACGGCGCUGAAAGUCCCCAAUGUCACUCCGAAACCGGCCAAUGCCAAUGCGCUGGCGAAGCGACCGGUCGCCGUUGCGACCGUUGCCCAACGAAAAACAACCGACCUCAACUCCUUGAACGCAAGAGCUUGAAAUGUCAGCCGUUGAAGGAUCGCUGCCCCGCCGAAAUCGAGCUGGGAAUUCAAUGGGCGAGCACGGUGCGUGGAGUGGUCGCACGGCAGAGUUGCCCGCAUGGACAAAUGGGAAUUGCAACGCGUCUCUGUCGGGCGAGCGGCGAAUGGGCGCCGGCCAAGACCUACAACUGCACCUCGAGUGUGCUGUAUGAGCUCGCCGAACGAGUGAAUAGCAAUUCGAACACGGGUAUAACCGCUAUAACCAGAUCGCUGGAGAAUUUGACGGUUUGGGACGCAACCCUUGCAACUGGCCGCAAUUUGGACUUGGCCAUCGGCGUGUUAUCGAGUAUUAUCAAGACCACCGACGCCGCUACAGCACACGCAACGGACCAUCGAUUCACACGGACCGUGUUGAAGAUUGCCGACAAUUUGCUAGACCAAAAACUGAACGCGGUGCAGUUUCUGGGAGUGCUCUCGAGAUUGUACGAAUUCGGCUCCACACUGUCUAGAAUUCAUGCCGACAUGCCAUUCAUACGGCCGUUUGUCUACUACGGUCAGGAAUUCGUCUUCGCUAUCGAUAUUAUCAAUGAGAAAUCGGCGGGAAUUCAGCUGCCAAAAUAUCAGAGUCUGAUUGCGCCUGAAGCCAACCGCGUUUUCAGCAGACAAGCAAAUGAUUUCUACAGUAAUCAAGGCAAUGGCUACAGUAAUUCAGAUGGUUAUUCUCGAGAGCCCAUUAAGAAUCUCCAUGUCAACUUGCCAACGCAAAAUUCCGCAGUGUUCUACAGUUUCGUGCGACCGCAGUGCAAAGAUUGUGGCAACGGCGAUAUCGUACUGCUAAAGACCACCCCGUUGGAUGUGAAGUCGAGCUCAUACGACGGCAUGGUCCAACUCACCUUCCGACGCCAAGACUCGACGAUCGAUGAGGAUAUCAACAGUCUAAAGUACCCGGAGUGUGUUCAAGCCGCGGAGUUGGAAGAGCGUUUGAGUUCGGAGAGAUUCAGGAAAAAUCAGAAUCUGGAUGGCGCUAAUGUCGGAUACAGUAAUCUAGAAUCUUUACAUGACCCGUAUUCUAUCAACUCCAAAGAUUUCUCCAGCGAGAUCUCGUUUGACUGGACGACCGCUACAAGCUCAGGCCAGCUCAUGUCCCUGAAUCGAACGCAUGCGGUGUGCCGAUUCGCGACGGACGCGACAAAGCCAAUUGGCGGAAUUUUCACCCUACUUUCCAAGUCCGACAACAGCGCGAUUAUUCAGUUCACAAUUGGUCGUCUACCCUAUACGGCGCCACUUUGCGCCGCAUUCGCCUUGUUCCUGUUGCUGCUCUCGGUGCUGGCCACGAUAUUCAGGCGGGAUAUUGGGCAGAGAUUGGUGAAGCUGGCGUUUUUGGGCGCCUUCAUCUUCAACGCUGGAGUUUUGUUCUUCUUGCCGAGACUGCAGUUCAACAGCAUCUUCUGUGGGUUCCGAACCGCGUUGCUGGUGUUCAGCUCCAGUGGAGAGUUUUCGUGGCUAUUCUUGUUGACGCUGCACAUCUACCGGAUCUUGGUGGAGGAGAGGGCAAAGACAAAGUGAGCUUUUUUCGGAAUGAAAAAUACAGCCAAGCCUCUGUGCAAAUAAUUGAAAGCGAUCAAAAAGUACAAUAUUUUGGAGGGCUUUUUUUACGAAGGUUGAUUUUGGCCCAAAUUCACCACUACGACCUCUAAAAUUGCUCGUUAUACAGAGGCUUUGUUCUACGGAAAUUUUUGUAAAAAUUUUUCACCGUAAAAUUUCGGAGUAACAUUGUUAUCCUCCAACUAAUCUAACAACAUUUUCAGCUACGUUUUCUCCUUCAUUUUUGGCCUUCUUGCUCCCUGCAUUUCCUGCACGGCCAUCUUCUUCCUCAGCGAAGGCUGCACAUUGCAGCCCGGCUCCCGAAAUCUUUGGCUACUCAUCGCUCCGGUGGUGUUACUGUUGAUGUUCAGUUUUUACGCUCUGGCCACCUCAUUCAUUGUCUCCUUCAGCAAGCAGUACGACGUCAUUGUCGCCAAACAUGGAUUGAAGAAAAUGCUGGCUUCGCAUGCAAUUUUGGUAAGCUCUUGGAUCGAAUUAUCUAUACAAUUGAGAGAGUGAGACAUUAAAAAAUUAUUUUUUUAGCUGAUUCUCUGCACCGUUCAUGUUACGGUCUCCGUUUACUACUUCAUUUUCUGGACUCAACACACAUUUUUGAUUGAGGGAAUCACCAAUGUUGUGCUGGUGUUCGUCGCUAUCUACAUCUUUAUUUGGAGCAACUUCUUGUCCAAAAUGGUAAGCAAUCCCCGUUUCUUCCAAACCCCCAUCUCUUUAGAAAUCGGCCAACCGAAAAUCCGAAUUCUGGCUUGACUCUGAGCAAAAGAUUGCCCCGGCCAAUUUGCAUCAGAAUUUCUUGGAUCAGCCGGACGCUCACUCACCAUUAUUGCACACCUUAAGCAAUGAUUCGAGUGAAUACAGUCAAAAGAAUGCGUAUGGAGAGGCAGUGAAUGAUCAUAUGAGCGACGUCAACCCUUAUAAUGCAACCUACGUUCAUCACACGUUGCAAAGAUCGUUGAAGCUGCAACAGAACUCGGUAUGAGAUAUCUUUAGCUCUCUCCUCUUUAACCGUAGUGUUCACGUCACUUUUGACAGCCCUUUAAUGCCGCUUUUCUUUCAGAUCCUCUCUCCAGUCCCUCCUCUCCCGCGAUCGCUUGGAGCUCAGCUGCAUGAUGAUCUUGACUCCGCUCACUCCUCACCCUAUACGACACGAUCACCGCUACUGUCGCAUCACUUGGAUCAUCAAAUCCCGCGGACCCCGGAACUCGCUCAACGAGACCCUGGAAGCCAUUUCGGCACCAUGCGAUCCACAAUGGACAGUCCGGCGCGAAGCCGCUUCGGUUCCGCUGUCGAUGAAGGGAACGAUAUUUACUAUUCAUUUACCGGCAGGAGAAAACGUUCUACUCAGGCAUGCACAACUUUCUCUUAA